CUAAUAGUUUGACAGCAAACAGGUCAGUCCAGCCGGCUCGAGCGGCUUUCGCGCACGUCUGGUGCCUUCGGAAUGGCUUCCCUAAUGAAAUGCUGCGCUUUCUUCGUCAAUGUCUUAUGCAUGCCCCUCCAUCUGAUCCAUGCCGUGGGCCUGUACGAAAUAUACAAACGAUUCUUCCCUAUUUGUUUAUAUCGGUGCUCCAUCAUGUACAACAAGAAAAUGUACGACAAGAAGAAGGAUCUGUUUCGCAGUCUCUCCGAGUUCAAGAAGCCCGACGGGCAGCUCACGAUUCUGGAGAUCGGCUGUGGCACCGGCACAAAUUUUCAGUUUUAUCCGCCUGGCUGCAAGGUGAUCUGCACGGACCCCAAUCGUCAUUUUCAGAAAUAUCUGAAGGCUUCGAUGGGCGAGAACGACCAGCUCUCCUAUGAGCGAUUUGUGGUGGCGUCGGGCGAGGACAUGGGGUCAAUUGAGAGCGAUUCGGUAGACGCCGUGGUGUGCACCCUGGUGCUCUGCACUGUCCACAACAUACCGCAAACCCUGCGAGAGGUUCGCCGCAUGCUGAGACCAGGUGGAGCCUUCUUUUUCAUGGAGCAUGUUGUUGCAGACGCCUCAACGUGGUCCUACUUCUUCCAGCAUGUGCUUCAGCCGCUUUGGCACUACUUUGGGGAUGGAUGUGAGGUCACCCGAGAAACAUGGAAACACCUGGAGGCAGCUGGAUUCUCUGAACUACAGCUGAGACACAUCGAGGCACCAUUGAUGUUCUUAAUCAAACCACACAUUGUAGGUUAUGCUGUAAAAUAAAUUCUGAGGCUAAGAAAGAGCGAAGCACUUAAAGGCUCCUCUCCUUUGGAAUCGUCAAAACUGAUGAUGAAAAUCAACAUGAUAAUGAAUGCCUUUAAUAAUCUAUAUCCUUCACACGUGUGCUUCUGUCUAAUGAAUUCAUGUCAAGGCAACAGAUGAUUUUUUUAAUUGUGUUGUGUGUCACGCUGGCGAUUAAAUACUUUGCUCCCAGUGAGUGCAUGAA